AUGUCUACGCAUACAUACAAGAAGUUCGAGGAUUUGGAUUCCGGGGCCCUCCCGGACAAGAUGACCGUUUACCAGGAGUGCUUGCAGGCGUUUAAUGCCAGUCCUGUGCAGGCCAAACGUUGUCGGUUGUUGUUGUCGAGACUCUUGAGGUUGCUUUAUUGCGGCGAAAGCUUUCCAACGGCUGAAAGCACUACGUUGUUUUUCUCCAUUUCCAAGUUGUUUCAGCAUAACGAUUAUUCCCUGCGUCAAUUGGUCUACGUGGCGAUCAAGGAGCUUUCUGCUGUUUCCGAUGAUGUAUUGAUGGUGACCUCUUCCAUCAUGAAGGAUAUUCAAAACGGCGAGAUAAUCUACAAGCCCAAUGCUAUUCGUGCGCUGGCCAGAGUCUUGGAUGGGACCACUAUCCAUGCCGCAGAAAGAAUCAUGAAGAAUUCCAUUGUUGACAAGAACCAGAGUGUUUCGUCUGCUGCAUUGGUAUCUUCUUAUCACCUUUUGCCUGUGGCCAAGGAUGUGGUUAGACGCUGGACCAACGAGACUCAGGAGUCCAUUUCCGACUCAAAAUCAUUCCCAUCGCAACAGUUUUUGACCCAUGAGUAUUAUGGCGCUAACAAACUCCCAUUGUCCACUUACACCUACCAGUACCACGCCCUUGGUCUUCUCUACCAUUUGAGAAACCAUGACAAGAUGGCUCUGAUGAAGAUGAUCCAGCAACUUAGCACGAAUUCUCCCUUGAAGAAUUCGCUUGCAAUCGUUCAAUUGAUCCGUUACAUUGGAAGAAUCAUUGAGGAAGACUCUGGGUUGACUCAGACCCUGUUCCCUCUUUUGGCCAGUUGGUUGAGACACAAGUCUGACAUGGUAGAGCUUGAGGCUGCUAAGACCAUACUGUCCUUGCCAGGAUUGACUGGUGAGCAACACCUUCAGGCAAUCAAUACCUUGCAGGUGCUCUUGUCGGUACCAAGAACCGUGACAAGAUUCGCUGCUGUUAGAAUUUUGAACAGAACAGCCAUGAAGAACCCAGAAAAGAUCGUGGUAUGCAACGUGGAACUUGAGAGUUUGAUUAAUGAUUCGAACAGAUCGAUCUCAACAUAUGCCAUUACUACUCUGCUCAAGACUGGAAACUCUGACAAUGUCGAUAGACUGAUCAAAACAAUUUCGGGUUUUAUGGACGAUAUUUCGGACGAGUUCAAGAUCAUCGUCAUCGAAGCAGUUCGCACUUUAUCACUCAAGUUUCCAGAGAAGCACCAAUCCAUGCUUUCAUUCCUGAAUGACGUUUUGAGAGAUGAGGGGGGAUUCAGCUUCAAGAACGCGAUCAUCGAGGCUAUCUUUGACAUCAUUAAAUUUGUUCCUGAAUCUAGAGAAAGUGCCUUAGAGACUCUGUGUGAGUUUAUCGAAGAUUGUGAAUUUACUGAGUUGGCAGUCAGAGUUCUCCAUCUUCUAGGAACAGAAGGUCCAAAAACUCCAAACCCAACCCUUUACAUCAGACACAUAUACAACCGUGUUGUGCUCGAGAACUCGAUUGUCCGUUCUUCCGCUGUCAUUGCACUGUCCAAGUUCGCACUUUUGGGAGACGAGUCUAUUUCAAAAAGUAUCAAGAUUCUGUUGACAAGAUGUUUGAGCGACGUCGAUGACGAAGUCAGAGACAGAGCGGCUUUGUCGCUCAAGUUGCUGUCUUCAAAGGACAUAGAAGAGGCCAAGGUUUACCUUGCUCCAUCCGUCAAGUAUUCGUUACCUAUUUUGGAGCAAAAAUUAGCCCUCUACGUUUCUGGUGACAAGGAUACUUUCAGCACGCCAUUUGACAUUUCAUCGAUCCCAACGAUCACUGAGGAGGAGGCGAAAGCAUACGAAUACAAGGAGAAGACUGCUGCUGAUACUGAGGAGAUUGCAUCUCCUGGUAAAGAAGACAAAGAGGACGAUUCCCAGAACGAAGUUUUCAAGCAGAACUUGUUGCACCAACAAUACUCGCAAGAAUUGGCUUCGAUUCCAGAAAUUGCCGCGUACGGUACUCUUCUUCACUCGUCUGCUGUGGUGGAUCUAACCGAGAAGGAGACAGAAUUCGUUGUUACUGCUGUUAAGCACAUCUUUGAAGAUCAUCUCGUGAUCCAAUACAAUGUGAACAACACACUCACAGACAUCCAAUUGGAUGACGUGACAAUUGUGUCGCAACCAGAUGCCGAAGAUGUUUUCGUGGAGGAGUUCAUUAUUCCGAUUGAAGUGUUGAAACCUCAGGCUGAGGCCGCUAUCUAUGUGUCUUUCAGCAGAGCGGAAGGCAUUGAGCCAGGUGUGUUUGUCAACACCUUGUCGUACACCUCCAAGGAUGUGGACCCUGCUACGCUGGAGCCUGCUGAAGGUGAUGUGGGAUUCCCAGAUGAAUACCAAAUUGAAGAGCUACAGGUUUCUCCUGGUGACUACAUCACACCUGCUUUCGUUGGCAACUUCACUCACGUAUGGGAUGAAUUGCCAAACGAGCAGAGUGCUGUUUACAACCUCAAGGACGUUACCAGUAUUGAAGAAUCUGUUUCGGGUCUCAUCAAGUCCUUGAGCAUGAUGCCAAUGGAAUCUUCCGAGAUCGUGUCGUCGUCAUCUCAUCACACUUUGAAAUUGUACGGAAAGUCGCUUGGUGGAGCCAGAGUGGCUACUGUGAUUAGACUGGCAUCCACCGCUAAGGGCUUCAUGAUGAAGGUUCAGGUGAAGUCUGACGAUGAGAUUGUAAGCGAAUCUGUUGCAAACAAUGUCGUUUGA